GUAUACUAUAUGUUUGAAGACCAAUAAAGAUUCAUUUCACGGCGUUAGUUGAUAAGCCGGGCGUAAUCACGGUAAAACGUCAAACACAAAGAUAAAAUGUCAAGAAACGAUGGCAAAAAAGAUUCGUCAGCGUCAGCGUUUCGAAAAAUCGAUGUUGAUCAAUACAGUGAUAAUAAUUUCAGAGAAGAAGACGCUGACGGAGGAAUAGGAGGACCUACAGGCCCAGAUGAAAAUGAAAUUUUGACACUUCUUAGCCAGGGUAAGAAUGCAGAAGCACUGAUAUCAGUAUUGAGGUCUGCACCACUUGGGUGUAAAAAUCAACAAGUAAAGGAUAACGCAAGGAAUCUGACGUUAAAAGUUCUUCUAAGUAUAAAAUCUACUCAAAUAGAUGAUUGCUUAGCACAAUUAGAUCGUGACUUGCUGGAUGUUUUAAUGAAAUAUAUAUACAGAGGAUUUGAAAUUCCAACGGAGGGUAGUAGUAGUCAUUUAUUAACCUGGCAUGAAAAGGUAUACAAUAUCAGUGGUGUUGGCAGUAUUGUACGAGCGUUUGCAGAUAGUAAACGUGCUUGAAAAAAUUUGUACAUUUUUUAAUGAUGUUCAUUAUAAUAAUUACCAUUAAUCCUUACUGUUACUCAUUGUCAUUGUUAAUACAAUGAGGAUGUAGAUAGAGGAUGUAGAUUCCACAUGAAAAAUAUAACACAUUGGUGUACAUUUGUUAUCAAUAAAGUAAUUUUUAUUUCUUAUA